AUGAAAGAGGAGAUUCUUGUGUUCUGCUUCCAGACUCAGGUGUUCACCAAGUUGCUGAUAUUCUCUGAUGAGAAGUCGCAGCUGUACCAGACUGAUGAGGAGGUGAUGAAGAAAAGCCCGUCACAGUCCUCAUACCUAAAGAGAACCUGGCUGAGCAGCUUCUUGAUCUUCCGUGGUCACUCUGCAAAUAUUACAGUCCCCUUUGAUCGGCUGAAUGAUGGCUCAGAUACGGCAGCAGCAACGCUUAGAUCACAUAAUGCUAAGUGUCACAAAACCUGUUGGAGCUACUGUAGUAGUUCUAGUGUCAAGAGGUUACACCAGAAGCAAGAGACCAGUGUGCAGAGUACUCCCAAAAAACUCAGGUCAGCUGGAACACCACAUGCACCAGGUCGUGAUGUCAAAUGGUGUGUUGUCCAUGAGGGAGACGACCAGAACAAUUUCUGCAAGGCAGCAACUGACAACGCUGAUGUCAAUCUCAAACUGGGCAAAAAACAGAGCAGCACGACCACACAGGGAUCUGAGUUUCUUCAGCAGAAUUCCCAGAGUGUUACAACAUCAACAAAUAAAGAAAAAUUUUACACCUGUAACCAGUGUGGGAGAGAUUUCAACCGUCCAUCGAACCUAAGAAAACAUCAGCUCAUCCACAAUCAAGAGAAGAUGCACAACUGUGACCAAUGUGGCAGAGCUUUCCACACAUUAUUUGACUUAAAACAACACCAGGGCAUACACAGUGGAGAUAAACCCUACUGCUGUGAUGACUGUGGAAAAGCUUUCAUACAGUCAUCAGCCCUCAGAAGCCACCAACGCAUACACACUGGAAAUAAGCCGUACACUUGUGAUGAUUGUGGCAGAGGUUUCAAACAGUCGUCACACCUCAUUAGCCACUGCCGCAUACACACUGGAGAUAAACCGUAUGCUUGUGAUGACUGUGGGAAAGUUUUCACUCAGUCAUCAAACCUGAAAAACCACCAGCGUGUACACACCGGACAUAAACCGUACACUUGUGACGACUGUGGAAAAGCUUUCACACAAUCGUCAUCCCUAAUAGGCCACCAACGCAUACACACUGGAAAUCGACCAUACAUUUGCAGUGAUUGUGGGAGAGCUUUCAAAGAGGCGUCAAACCUAAAAAACCAUCAACGUAUACACACUGGAGAUAAACCAUACAGCUGUGACCAGUGUGGGAGAGCUUUCAGUCAGUUAUCAAUCCGAAACAAACACAAACUCACCCAUAGCAGAGAGGAACCACACACCUGCCAGCAAUGUGGAAUUUUAUUCAAUCAUUUAGGGACAUAUAAGAAUCACGAUUGUACCCAUAGUGAAAACACGUCAUACACUUGUGACCACUGUGGGAAUAGAUAAUGUUAUUUGCCAUCACUAAAGUAUCACCAGCGUUUCCGGACUGGGGAGAAACUGUAUCAGUGUCAGCAUUGUGUGAAUAGUUUAAUUAUGUCAUCUAAUGACUCCAGAUAUAAACACACAAAUCCUGGUAAUGAACGGUACUGGUGUGGAAAAUGUAAAAGAAGUUUUUUCAGUUUAAGUCACUGGAAGCAACAGAAAUCUUCUAAGCUUAGGAAGAGAUGCUCCUCUAAGUACCUGGUCAAACUGGAGAACUUUUGAUUGAAUCAUUCAUUCACUGAGUUCCAGAUGAUGGCUUAGAGGUCCGGAGGAUGGGUUUGGGACCAAUGUCAGGUAUGAAAUUUAAUACUACUACUUUAAGACACCCUUAAAUUAGCUCCUGGUCGUAGGUCGGUUAAACCUGCUACCAGUUUGUAGUUUUAAAAGUGAACUUAGCUGCCACUUCACUUGAAGCACCUUCACCCAGUAGUCUACAAUGCAAAUAUCACUUGAGGCAGCUAUUGAGGAUGGAAAACUUGUUUGAGCCACUUUCACCCACUGGUCAAGUUUGCAAAGAUCACUUGAGCCAUGUUGAGCAAGUUGUCCGUCCAUCCAUCCAUCCAUCCAUCCAUCCAUCCAUCCAUCCAUCCAUCCAUCCAUCCAUCCAUCCAUCCAUUUUCUUCCACUUUAUCCGGAGUCGGG